UUGUGGAAACCUACUGGAAUGUCAUCACGUCUGUCUGUUUGUCAGUGUAUCCUUAUAGUCGUUUUGCUUCUGUCCACUUCGGGUGUUUUGAAACAUUGUGUAUACGUAAUUUCAAAUUUAUCUUUAUGUUAUCUUGCAGGUCUACUUUUUGUUGUAGAAUGCUGGGCAGUGGUCCGAAAACGUAUCAUUGUUGUUUAUGUAGAAAGAAAACAAAACCAAAUGACAGAAAAAAAUGCACAUCAUCAGAAAUAAGGAAAAUUUUAAGAAGGAAUUCAUGCUAGAUGCAACACCGAGUGACAUUUUGUGUAACAAGUGUCGACAUCUUUAUUAUAAUGCAAAAGAGAAAACAAAAGCUACCACAAAUGUAAAAGUCACUGGAGAUCAGUUUUGCCCAAAGUCACAGACAGAAACAAACACCAUCAGUGAAAUUAAACAUCAAAAGUACAUCUAAGAGUCAUGCUUAUUGUUGCUUGUGUAAAAAACCAGGACCAAAAUUAGUAGUUGUCCCACCUUCUGCAAGAUUCUCCGCAUUUAUGUCUAAUGAAGUUUUAAUUCCUGAAGGUAACUGCUGCUGUCCUGCACAUAUAAGGAAUGGUUACUUAUCAGAAGAAUCUUUCGCUAAAAUACAAACAACAGAUCUCACCUACAUGAACAGAAGUGAUAUCUUAGACUUACUGACACGUGUCCGGCAGUAUGCGUUAAAUAGCGAUGCUAAACGCAUUGAUUUUGAUGGUAAAACUCUUAGAGAUGAGGAUUAUAUAAACCUAACCGGUUUGCAUUGUUCAGAAUUUGAUUCCCUAUGUGAACAUAUACAGGAUUCUGUCCGUAAUACACCAGCUCGAACAAUGAGAAUGUCGUUAGGAAUUUUUCUGAUGAAACUGAAGUCUGGCCUGCCGAAUAAAGUCUUAUCAACAGUAUUUAACAUUACAAAAUCAAGUAUUCGCAGAGCAAUAUCAUCUGUUACAAAGGCACUGUAUACACAUUUUGUACCUGAAUAUCUUGGAUUACAACAUAUAUCUCGUAAAGAUGUAAAUAAGGACCACACUAGGCCUUUGGCACAAUCAUUACUUGGGAACAAUACUGGGAAUCAACCUAUUCUUGUUCUGGAUGGGACUUAUAUUUACAUCCAAAAAAGUAACAAUUUUAGCUUUCAAAGGAGGUCGUACAGCAUGCACAAAGGAAGACCGCUGGUGAAACUGAUGGUGGUUGUGACUACAGAUGGAUACUUCUUGACAAUUUGUGGACGGUAUUUUGCUGAUGCCAAAAAUAAUGAUGCAUCAAUUUUAAAACAUAUGCUCAAAUCAAACAUAGAGGACAUCAAAGCAUGGGUAGAAAAAGAUGAUGUAUUCGUGGUAGAUAGAGGAUUUCGCGACUCAAUUGAGGCUCUAGAAGAGCUUGGCAUCCAAGCAGAAAUGCCACACUUCAUGAAGAAAGGCGAAAAACAGAUGACAACUGAGGAUGCAAAUGACAGUAGAUUAGUUACCAAGAUCAGAUGGGUUGUCGAAUCAGCUAAUGCAAGGAUUAAGCAAUGGAGAUAUCUAGACAAUGUCCUACCAACCAAUCAAAUACCCCAUAUUGGGGAAUAUGUUUGCAUAGUGUGUGCAAUUUCAAACAAGUUUUCACCGCCAUUGUCAACAGGAAAUAGUCUUGAAGAUGAACAACUGGCCUGCAAGAUGGUUUACUUAUCGAAACAGAUAAACGAAUUAAAACAAUAUGUUGAAAUUAACAAAUUGGAAUGGAGAACGGCAAAAUGGACAAAUGCGGAUGAAAUAGCAUUAGAAGAAUUUCCUGUUCUUGAUGAAGACCAGUUAAAGUUUAUAACAUGUGGUACAUAUCAACUAAAACUUAGCUCAAGCUAUAUGCAAGAACACCUAGACGGUGACUGUGAAAUUCGAGUCCAUAAAGAUGAAGAUCGCCUUCUUCGUGUAAGACUUAGAAGUAGACAUGUUUCUUCAAGGUCUUAUCCCAUGUGGAUUCGGUACACAGAAUCAAAUAUUGUGGCCGGGUAUUGUAAAUGUCCAGCCGGUUCGAGAGUUGUUGGUGCAUGUUCGCAUCUAGCAACAAUUAUGUUGUUCAGAGGUUUUGCCAGACAUCAGAACCUCAGUUCAUAUGGAGUUAGAAAUUGGGGUGCCAACGUUUGUGACGCUGCUGCUGUUGUAGAACCAAUAGAUGCAUCUGAUAGUGAUAAUGAUGAUGAAGAUGAUGCCACAACUGAUGUAACAGAAAAUGUGCAGUGACAAACUCCGUCAAAUAAAUCAUUCUUUUGUAUAAUGCAACUGAGACAUAUACUAGUAAAUAUGAAUGUAGGCUAAAAUUUGUGAUUUUGCUGUGAAUGUAGCAACUGGUUCUCUAUAUUUGACUGGAUUAAAUUAAAAGAAAUAUUAUCCAUACCAGAAUAUUGUAUAUUCAUGUAACAGUGGUCAAGUUAAGUCAUUGUUAAUUAUUUACAGUUUUCAUUUGACGUAGAUAAACUGUGAAUAUAU